AUGGAUAAGGACGCUAUUGAUACGACGAGUAUUAGAGAAGGUAUCUUAUUUUAUCAGGAUGCGGAUGGUAACACAGGUUAUUAUUGGGACUCUGAAGUUGGAAUAUGUGCACCCUCAUUAAUACCAACAGAAUCCGAAUUAUGGAAAGAUCAAGAAAUAUCAGGUGAUACACCAGAUCUUGACGCAAUAAAUUAUCAAAGAAUUGCACAACAAAUGAAUCGAAAUCGAAAUCAUAAAGAACAUAAAGAUAUUUCUCAUGAUGAAAAAUAUAAUAAAAACAUUACUAUUAUUGAUGAUUUAUCAUCAUUAUCAGAAAAAAAUCUUUUAAUUGAAGAAGAAAAUGAAUCAGCGGAAUCACUUGUUGAACCUGUUGAAAAAAUGACACUUUAUCCUUCCACAAUUCCCGAAAGUCCUUCUUCAACAUUAAUUGAACCAGUUCGAAAUUUAUCAUUGAAUGAUCCUUCAUUAAAUAAUAAUCAAGAAUCACCUUAUUAUGAUAAUAGCAACUUUAAUCUUUAUCGUCAAGAAUCAUAUUUAUUAACAGAUUUUUUCACUGAUUCUUGUUAUGAAUCUUUUGAAGAUGAUUCAGGUGAAAGAAAUGAUGAUAGUAAUGAAAAUGACGAAAGCGAUAGAAUAAAUAAUGAAAUUAAUAAUUGUGAUAGUCAUUUUAAUUAUGCUAAUGAUGUCAUUAUGGAAGAGAGAAAUUUUGAUGAUAAUGAACCACCAUCACCGACGUCCACACGUGAUCCAGAAAGUGAUUGUCCGACGUUAAGUCAGUCAGAAGCAAUUGCUUGGGAAUAUUUUCAACAUUUUGUAGGUCGAGAAUUUCAAGAUGAAGCAGGAUUAGAUUAUGGAGAAAAUCCUGGUGGAAAAGUUUGGGAUGAUGAUGAAGGCAUGGAUCCAUUAGAAAAUCAAUAA